GACAAGGACGCCCACCAUUCCUGACUACAAGCUUAAGCUGGCUGGGGAUGUUGUGAACUUCAGGCAAUGAACACCCAGUAUUUAAAGCCGAAGAGCUCUGGGACAGAUACUAUGGAACUGGGUUGAUCAGUGGCCGGACUUGACACUCCUGAGUAGCACAUCACACAUUGCUCCUUUGCCAAACCCAUAAAAUUGCUGUUGAUGUUCCGAUGGAUGAAAUAUCUGCAUGGGAGUAUUGGGAAUUACUUAAUUAACCAGUCUACAGCCUAUUAAGUAGUGUAGAUACUUCUGGUGGAGCCACACAGUAGAAAUUCUUCCAGUGUAGACUCAAUGUUUCCCUUGCACUCUUUGGAACGGUGAAAUGGGGCUUCUUCUGGGCCUCCUGCUUGGGGUAAUUGGAGUUAUAGGAAUUCUUUUCCUGUUGCUCUUCUCCUUUGCAAUUUAUUAUGAUCUUUCCAGGAGUAAAAUCCCAUCUGGAUUUGACAGUCCAUUAAAGCUUCGGGUCAUUCACUGGAGUGUCAUUAUUGCAUUUACUGCGGGGAAGUGUCUUGAACUGCUGGGUGUCUGCAGACAGGUUGCCUUUAUCCGCUUCCUCCAGCGUUUCUGGAAUCCAAGAGCGGAUCCCAGCCUCUCUGCCAAAGAUCUGCAUUUUGACGGGGUUCCUGUGAGGGUUUAUCAGCCCAAAGCACCAUCUGCUGGCCCAAGGAAAGGAUUUAUGUUCUUUCAUGGAGGUGCUGGGAUGAUGGGGAGCAUCGAGUUCUACCAAGUGGUCUGCAGCAAAAUCGCCAAGGAGACUGAUUCAGUGGUUGUGUCUGUUGGCUACCGCCUGUCUCCUGAGCAUCUUCCUCCCGCUCAGUACAAGGACUGCCUUGCUGCUACCAUACACUUAAUUCAAAAUGCAGCUUCCAGUGGGGUGGAUCCUUCCAAGAUCAUCGUUAGUGGGGAUAGUGCUGGGGGCAAUUAUGCUACUGUUGUUGCUCAGAAAUUGGUGGAGAGAUCAGACCUUCCAAAGCUACGGACUCAAGUACUGAUCUAUGCGAAAUUCCAGGCUAUAGACUUCAACCUGCCUUCCUAUCAGCAGAACAGCUCAAUGCCCCCCUUGUUCCGGGAAGACGUUGCUUACUUUAUCAUGAAGUAUAUUGGAAAGGACACUUCUUUAGCAGGGCAGCUCCUGAAGGGCUCUCAUGUGCCAGAUUCAAUGAGGCUGAAAUAUGGGAAGUGGGUGAGUCCAGACAACCUUCCAGAGAGAUUUAAGGGGAGAGGCUACAAACAAGUCCCACUUGCUCCUUAUGAACCUGAAGUCUAUAGGCAAUUAUCAGAGCUAUUGGAACCUGAUAUUUCUUGCCUUUUUGCUGAGGACUCUGUCAUCCAGAAGCUUCCUGAAACCCUACUUGUGAGCUGCGAGUACGAUGUAUUACGAGAUGACACACUGCUGUACAAGAAACGUCUGGAGGACAAUGGGGUGAAAGUCAGCUGGUUCCAUGUUGAGAAUGGGUUUCAUGGGGUGCUAAACCUCUUUGACGCAGGCCUGUUCACAUUGCCUGCUGCAGUUGAAUUGAUGGACAGGAUUGUAGACUUUGUCAAAAACUUAUGAGAGGAAAUCUCUUGAAUUUGUGGGUCAUUCAUAAGGAGGGGAGAAUCUGCCAACUUCAGCUACUGAUAUUUUCUCAUUUUUUCAAUCCUAUAUUUAGUUCUCCACAAUUCUGUUGUAAUUUGUGGUUAUUUGGGGCAGCAGGGAGUUGCUCAUGAAAAUUUACCAGCACUUUUGUGUGAAAUUUUCCUUAUAAACACUUUUACUUUGUAUGGA